GCUUCUUCGACUCGGUUUAGUCGGUCGAUAAUUAUCUUAAAAGCUUCCAUCUUUCCUUUGAAUAUACGCAAAACCCACGUCCUUUAUAGCAAUAACCAGAUGACAGAUUGACGAAACCUCACUAAAAAAAUCGGAGCUUUUCUCCAAAGUGUGAUCAUGAGAGCGAGAUUGGUGGUGUUCCCGAUCAAAGGGAGGAAAUGGUGUUUCAGCAGAUCCGUUGAUCCUUUCGCUGCUCAAGCGCCAUCCGGUGUUACUCCCACCACUGUACGAGGUUUGUGGAAGAAGUUAUCGUCUGAAUCGAAGCCCAUCAAUGCCAACGCCGAGCUUCUUGUCGAUUUCAUAUCUGACAAGAUGAACAAAUCGUGGGCGGGUCUUGAGAAAGCGCCUGAAGGAUCAAUUAAGAACAAGAUUCAUGGGUUAGGAUUGAAGCUUCUGGCUCGUGUUAAGCCGUCUGAGAUUUUCUUGAAGUCUAUAUCUAAGGAGGUCACUUCCAUACAAGUCUCUUAUCCUCCUAGUUUAGAUCCUAGACUAGUACGCAGGAGACUACGCCACAUUGCUUUGAGUGGAACAAUCCUGCACAAGAAGUACCUGAUUGGCUCAGUAACUUUGCUUCCAUUGACCAGUGCGUUUAUGGUAUUGCCAUUACCAAACAUACCAUUCUUCUGGGUUUUAUUCCGCACAUAUUCCCACUGGCGAGCUCUUCAGGGAAGCGAGCAGCUGCUUAAGCUCCUACCAAACCAAACUGAUAAUGCAGAUGAAACCAAUAACAAUAAGAAGAAGCCUCAAUCUCCCACAUGUGUUUUGCUGCCAUCAGAGGAGUUAUGCCAGCUACUUCGUGAAGGUAACAAGGAAGGGCUUGAUGAGGAGACCCUAGUAGAGAUUUGCAAAUUAUUUCAUCUCAAUAAGAUUGAUGUCCUUAAAUAUCGCAAUCUAGUCUAACUGUCAUUUUAGGCUCUUUUGUUUUCCUUGGAACAAAUUUUCAGAUGUUUGUAGCUAAUUUACGCUUCAAUUCUUUUAAGUGUUUUUUUUUUCA